GGCGAAGACUGAAAGAUUUGACGUCGCCUGACGCGACCACACGUCUCAAUUCGUUAAUGCUGGCUAAUCUGGAAGUUCAUAUUAUUCCUCUAACGCUCCAAAGAGCUGUUAUUUAUUAUGGCUAAAAUGCGUUAGUCGUUUACAGCUGAAUACCAUCUGGAGAGCAGUUGAAAUCCAAUUUGCUGGAGACAUAAACCGGAAAUGCUUUUCAAGGCAACGCGAUGUGGAGUGCAGUUCUCCCCUCCCUCCGUAGUGUUAAUUUAUCAACACACAGAAACCAAAAAGGUGCGAAAAAGAAUAAUACCUGUGCGGAACUUCUCAAAGUAUUCUGACUAUAGCAUGGCUGCUGAAAGGCUGAAGAACCACCCCCGGCACAGGGACUACCUGGAGGGUGUGUCUCAGAGCCAGCUGGAGAAGCUUCACAUGAUCCUGCGAGACCACAUGCAGGGCUUCAGCCUGGAGCACAGCCUUGCCUCGUUCUGCCUGGACCCCGACGAAGACCUAAACAAACUGGACGACGACGAACUGGCUCGCAAGAAGGGCAAAAUGGACGAACUGUUUGAGAGGAACAGAAGACGCAAGGAUGAUCUCGACUUUGUCUAUGACCUGGAAGUGGACUUCAGCAAGCCCACCCAAGAAAAGUGCAGCUGGGAUGAGGAGUCUGAUGAUGAAUUUUAAAACUGUCCUCUAGGCAUUUCCCCAAAUUGCUUUUUCUUUUCAGUGUCAGUUUAUCCAAACCACAGAAGUUGCUAACCACAUUUUGAGAUAUCCGUUGUUCUGUUAAACCCAGGGUUUUCCAUUUCCAAAAUACCAUACUUAUCCAAUCCUGAAAAUUACUAAAAUCAAAUUCCAUACUUUUCCAUACUGUUUAGGAACCCUGUAAACCCCAAAACAACAGCAUUGCACAUACGGACCCCAAAUGAGCCAGUACAGAAGGUCAGUCUCCAGAAUCAUGAAUGAAUUAUCCACAGACCUCACUGUCAUUAGUUUCCAAUGAGUAGUAGUUUUUUUGUACUUUGUUAGACAAAAGAACAGUUCUCAGUGAAAUCAAUGUCCAUGUACUUCAGAAGUAAAUUGGAUAUUGUUUUGGAAAUAAAUGUUAGUGUGCCACAAAUCAAAUAACAUUUGUUUUCAUGGGGAAAUGGCACUAGUCUCUACAACAAUCUACAAGAUUAUAUAUUGUACCACUAUGGGUACUUGAUGUGUAUAUCAGGUGAGACCCAACCAAUGUUUGUGGUUUUUUUUUAUACACAUAUCCUCUUUCAUUUCAAACCGUAAAAAAAAGAAGUGAUAUACGAAUAAUAGUGAAUAUUUAUUUGGUAUAAAAUACUGAAUUUUACAAAAUACAAAUACUUUGGCUCUUU